UUCAUAACCAGACGACAGGUUCAUCUCUGCUGAACUUUUGUACUGAAUUUUAGAAAAAAGAAAAUGGAUAUAAGGAAAAGAAAGAAUGAUGCAUUUACAGAAACUGUUGCUGAGAGCAGUGAAGAUGAAAUGAUUCCAAAAAGUCAAAAGAUUAUUCCUGCAUUUUCUUCUCGAAACAAAAGUGUUAAAGAUGGUAACAGUAAAAAAAUAAGAAAAAAUCCUGAAAGCAUAUUUCAUGAGCAACAAGAUGAGCCAAAGCCUAGUAAAAUCAAGGAUAAAGCAACUCCUGAUACUCCUGCUGUAAAACAAAUAACACAAAUAAAUAUGGCACCAGAAAAUAGAAAUAAUAAAGCUUCUUGUGAUAUGUCUGAGCAAAUAAGUACAAAUAAUGCUGACAUAGAAAAGAUCUGUGUGGAAUCACAAGCUGCUGAUUUGAAGGAAAGUAAACUACAGAAGCUUGAAAUGACUGAAGUUAAAAAGAAUUCUGAUUCUAAAUCUGAUAAUCAAACUUCAACGGAGAUUCUUAAUGAAGACAGACUAAGCUGCAAAGAUGGAAGCCAUUUGGAAUUGUCUGAGAAUUCUAACACUGUUGAUUGUGUAAGAACGAUAGAAACAGAAUACAAAUCACCUAAUUGUGAAAAAUUGAUUUCUUCUAUGGAAGAUGUAAGUGUGAAACAAUCUGAGUCUUAUUUGGCCAUGUCUUCAGGUUUAGAAAUGUGUGCUCUGAAAUCAGACCUUCUAAAUGAAGAUAUUAAAAACAGAGAUGGAGUUAUCAGCUUUCUAGAAACUAUUCCAAAAGAUAAGUGUGCUAUAUCAGUUUGUAGCGAGAAUAAUCCCAACGUUGACAUUUCUAAUAUUCCUAGUUCUUCCAUAUCAGAAAUAAAAGGUGAAAGUAAGUUACCACUUCGAAGUGAGAAAGUGGAAAGUAAUUUUCCUAAUAGCAAUGAUAAUCAAAUUGUUUUAUCUGCAAAAGAAAGCUUUCAAACUAAUAUUAAUGUAAAUAAGGAAGUUACUCUGAAUUUAUCUAAAGGAUUAAACUGUAAUCUGUAUAAUGAGCAUUUACCUGAUAUUAAGACAGUUGGGCAAAUGUCAGAAAUUCAGUCAGGAAAACAGCUAUUACCUUUGCCUACUGAAACACAACAAUUAAAUUCACAGACAAAAGAAAAUUUCCCAGGUUUACAAGCGAAGGAUGCACUUUCAGAUCUACAGGCAAAAGGUCAAUUAUUAGGUCUUCAGACAAGAGAGAAAAUGCCAGGUCUUCAGGUAAUAAAGCACCUUCCAGGUCCACCAUCAGCUGAACAUGUUCCAAAUCCACCGGCUGCUGAUUGCUGGCCUGAUCCACUGAAAUCUGAGCACCAGGCAGAACCAUCAACAGCCAAGCACCAGACAGAGGCACCAACAGCUGAGCACCAGGCUGAAGCACCACCAGCUGAGUGCUGGGCAGAGGCACCGGCAACCAAGUGCCAGGCAGAGGCACCGGCAACCAGGUGCCAGGCAGAGGCACCGUCAACCAGGUGUCAGGCAGAGGCACCGGCAACCAGGUGCCAGGCAGAGGCACCGGCAACCAGGUGCCAGGCAGAGGCACCGGCAACCAGGUGCCAGGCAGAGGCACCGGCAACCAGGUGCCAGGCAGAGGCACCGGCAACCAGGUGCCAGGCAGAGGCACCGGCAACCAGGUGCCAGGCAGAGGCACCGGCAACCAGGUGCCAGGCAGAGGCACCGGCAACCAGGUGCCAGGCAGAGGCACCGACAGCCAGGUGCCAGGCAGAGGCACCGACAGCCAGGUGUCAGGCAGAGGCACCGACAACCAGGUGUCAAGCAGAGGCACCGACAACCAGGUGUCAAGCAGAGGCAUUGACAGCUGAAUGCCACCCAGAAGCUGAGUACCACCCAGAUCCAUUGACAGCAGAGCAGCAUCCAGAGGCACCAACAACCAAGCCCCGUUCAGAGGCACCAACAGAUGAGUGCCGCCCAGAUCUAAAGACAAAGGACCUCUUUCUUGAUCUACCGAGAGUAGAUCACCUGCCUGAUUUACAGAAAGUAGAUCAUCCAUCUGGUCUCAAGGGUGUGGACUCCAUGCUUGAUCUACAGACCACAGACUGUCUGCCACAACCACAAGAAACAAGCCACCUACUUGAUCUGAAGAGGACAGAACACCUAUCUGAUUUAAAGAGAACAAAAUAUUUGCUACAUCUACAGAACACUAAUCAUAUGUGUAGUCAACAAGUGGAACACCUGACAGAUUUACAGCAAGGAAAGAAACCAGAUCCAGAAAUAGCAUAUUUACCAAAUCAACAAAGAGUGCCUACAUCAGAUUCAUCAUUAAGAAACAAGUUGUUUGCAGUAGAGGUAAAGAAACAAUUGCCAAAUAUUCAAACAGAAAAACAUUUCUCUGAGCUAGAGACAAUGAAACAAUUGGAUGUGCAAAAGACAUCUGAAAAAUUCUUUGGGGUAAAAGUGAAGGAAAAUCAACCUGAGAUGAAAGCAAAAGAACAAUUAGCUGAGCAGCAGACAAAGGAACAAACAAGUCAAAAAUUGUUUGAGUUAGAAACAUUGAGUUCUUUUUCUAAGCUUGUUGAUGACACAAGUGAAAUAGCUGAUUCUUUCAGACAAAUUUCUAAAGACAGAAUUAGAUUAAAACCUGUAAUUGAUAGUGAAAACAUUAACAGCCAGCCUAAGAAUGUGUUACACCAUUUGGUAAAGGAAACUAAUUCUGUAUCCAGUCUUACAUCAAUUGUAAAACCUCUUGAGAAAAGUCAUAGCAGCAGUGAAAUCACAAUGACAACUACCUCCCCGUUGAAACUUCCACAGUCAUCUUCAUCAUCAAACAAUUCUGCUUUUCAUACGAAAGAUAAUAUGUUUGAUGAUAUGGAUUUAACAGAUUCCCAGAUCUGUGUUUCUGAGCUGUCAGAUAAUGAACAAUUCUCUGAUAAAGGAAACCUAUUCCUGCAACCACAGAUUGAAAAUGAUGGAACCAAAAUAGUAAAAGAUUUAAUUAAAGAACUUGUUCAGUUGAACAAAUUUAUUAUUCGUUCACAAAGAGAAAUGGAAAAUGCUUUUAGACAGAAGAGAACUGCUCAGUCAACUUCUCAGAAUAUCAUUAAAAAGCAAGGAACACUUCAGACAUUUUUAGGUAAAUUUUAGUUAUUUUUAUUGCU